GUUAUGAUGAUGUUGCCAACCAAGGAAAGUUCUUACUGAACGACUUUGUGUUUGAAAGAAUGCAAAGAGAUGGAUUUGAAGAUGCACCAGCUUUGUUACAGUUGCAAGAACAAAACAGAGGUCCACCGCUAGAGCACCUGAGAGAGAUUGGGAGAGUUUUCAGACGUUGUGGUGACGAUCUAGACAGAGAUAAAGGCCUGCUGGAGCUAGUUUCAAGAGUCCCACCCGAUGCAGAGCGGCAAACAUUGAUGAAUGUUGCAGGAAGUAUAUUUCAGGACAAAAUCGUCAACUGGGGACGGAUCGUGGCUCUUUUCUAUUUUGCUUACAGAGUUUGUAUCAGGGCAGUGAACAGAGUAGAACUUAUACGUGACAUUAUCAACAGCAUCGUCGCCUUCAUGAGAACAUAUAUUGUACAGUGGGUCUUAGAGCAUGGGGGAUGGGAAGCCAUUGUUGAGUACUGGGACAGAUCCAAAAGAAAGCUUGGUUUCUUUGUCUUUGGAAGUUUGACUGUGUGCGCUGGAGCUUUCCUCUAUCACAGAUACUUGAGUUAG